AUGGAGUCCAAAGCGAAUAAUAAUUCGCAUGUUUUCCUGUUUGGCUCCUCAUUCAACUUAAUUAUCACGCUGGGCUCACUUGGUUUCACUUGUUAUUCUCUGCAACGAUUAGAUUCGCGUUUGAUAGCGGUUGAACAAAAUUUACGGAUGCCAAAUCCUUCGUCUGAGCUUGGAAAUCGCGUAAAUUCUCUGCCUACAAUUACGCAUCCUCGUCCAAGAGGUGCACAAAUGGAGGAAAUUGUUCGCGUGAGAAGAGCUACAGAUAGAUCAUCCUUGUGCCGCAAAUGUAGCAACGUCUGUGCUAAGUCGAAUGGAAAUCGAAGCGUAAGUGCUAUCUCUCAGUUUUAUACAACUAUAUAAACCAAUCUUGCCGAAGAACCGCUUAUAGCUGGAGUAAAAUUUCAUAUUUAUGUUUCCUGACCUUGGGAGUUCUUUAAAAUGCAUGGAAAUAGCUUACUCUAUCUAUGCUAGAUCCGACAAAGCGAAUGACGCGGGGCUAACGCUCGAAAAAUUGGUUUUAGAAACUCUUUACGGAGGCGGCCAAUUUGAAUUAUCGAAGCAAUUGGUUAAACCAAAUUACGAUGAGAUAUUUGCACACUAAAGGUGACCCAUUCCUAUUGAAGAGUUUCAGAAUAUCAUACAAAUAAACAAUAACAAUACAAAUCUAAAUAAUGAUUAUCGUGACCCUUACAAUAAUCAUUAUUAUUUGGAUUUGUAUUUAGAUAACUUGGAGAUAUUUUUAACGAAGGCCUGACAUUUAUAUGUGUUUUUAUCUAAGACUGACCUUCUUUAUCAUCGUAUCCAUUACAGUUUCAACAAAAUCAUCAAUUAUUUGGAUUUAGCUUUACCGGGUAACGCUAAACUGAAUAGUAUGUAUUACAAAACAAUAGCUCAAAGAACCGUCUUUGGUAAAUAACAUCGCUGCGCGUACGUCAUCUCAUCUCAGUGGUGAUUAAUCAAUAACCAGAAAUAAGGAACUCAGUCUGCUUUAGCUACAACGGAACAAGUACGUUGUCGCCUCCAAUCAAAUUGAGACACUUACACAGAUUUUUUUUUUCUUUUAGUUCACUUUGGCUAGGGUUCUAAGUACUGAGUUAAUAACUUCAUUUCUCUUGUAAUUUUUCUCCUCCUGUUGGCACACGGCUCGGACAUCUAGAAAUAAAUUAUUUAAAGACUUUUUCCUUAAGUUUGUUGGCUUUACGAUCGCCGAAUAGCUAGAACUCCCAACUUUUACAUUUGCACUGAACUCAAAGUGAUGCGCAGAUUUAAAGCGAAACGCACCGUAAAUUCUUACAUCAACCCUGUUUUUGAUUGCCUUAAUGUUAAUUUCGUGAUGGAAAAUACGAACUUUAACCUUUCAAGACUUUCGACACUUCCCGUAAAAUUACUUGAAUUAUUUUCUUUUUUUGGUUAAAUCCUCAGAACUCGACAGAGGGAAACAUCAUUUGCGUUAAAGGUAAGAUUUAAGUGUGUAUAACACCCUUAUGAGCUGAACUCGAUAGCAGCAAAAAUCGGGAGCUUAAUUAGCAGUCCACACCACGAAGAAUAACGCAGUGUUGAAUUGAGAAAGAUUAUGUAUUUUCUCAGUACAGAAUUUUUAUCAGUUAAAGUUUUCUUUCUUUUUUUUUCACUAGUUAAAAGUUUAAAACCAGUGUUUGCUUUGCCUUCUUUUUUGGUUGUUUUCUUACACUCAAUUUAUUUAGAGAUAUUCCCUGAAAUGUUAAGGGUCGCAUUGGUUUUUAACUCAAUGCAAGGCACCUAUAGUCAAUAACAACGAAUAUCCUGCUCAACCUCAAUCAAAAUUAAGCACAAAGAUGCACUAGUUAUUUUUUUUAUAGCAAUUUCAGAGUCUCACAAAUCAUGAGCAAUCAGUUCCUUCUCGCUUUUUUAUCUCUUUUUGCCGUACAAAAAUAAUACAUACUUCAAGUAAUUUUUUUUUAUGAGAACCUAGUUUGCUGACGUUUGAACCAAAAGAUAGUUAUCGAGAUUUGUUACUUUAUUACGUAAGAAAAAAAAAACUGAAAAGUGAUUUUUCUGAUGUUUUAUUGGGCUCAUCACACUAAUCUCGAGUUUUUAUUUCAUAAUCAGGUCGUGUUGGACCAAAAGGCCCACCAGGUCCCCCGGGUUUACCAGGAUCGGCUGGGCCCCAGGGUCCUCCCGGCCCGGCUGGAAAAAGAGGAAAAAAGGGAGCAAAGGGGCGACCAGGAUCUCCAGGAAAAAGAGGCAACAGGAGAUUACCAGGCCCCCCUGGGAUAUCAGCCCAAACGAAGACAGAUAGUCGUGGAGGAAGCCAGUUAAGUAAGAUUUCAAGCCUCUUUCUUUGGACGACAAUUACUCUGUAGUGUGCUGUUAGGAAAACAAAACCUACCACGUAGGAAAACAAAAUCAAAAUUUGCAUAUUGUAGUUUUCCUGUAUUUGUAGAUUGUUCUUGAUCCACAACGAUAAGUCUGGACUAAUUUAUUUUCUUCAUUUCAUUAAUAAUGAUAUUGUUUCCCUCUAAGAACUGCCACUCUUCAUCGAAAAGCCUCCGUCUUCCCUGAUAGUUCAAGAAAAACAAAGCGUCACAAUUCGCUGUGAAGCCACCGGCUUCCCACAACCUCUGAUCACGUGGUCUAAAAAUGGGCGCCUGAUAGAGGACAAAACAAGGAAGUUUAAGAAAAGGAUUUGGAAAUAA